CUUUCGGCAGAGCAUUGACUGACUCUUUUCACAUGAGUCUACAGUGAGAAUCGAACCCACACGUCCAGUAAUUAAAUUUCAUCAUUAGUCAAUUUAUAUAUUUGUUAAUGUAGGGUACAAUGUACUUCAAAGUGGUGCAACCUGGUUAUUCUAUUGCUAAGCGGAAGAGUGGAAUUAACGUAACUUUAAAUAUGGAUGAACUUUGGGCGGGUGCAUCUAAGGUUAGCCCCCCAUAAUAUUAUUAUGCUAAUUAUCAUAUAUAGCAUAGUUGGUUGCUAAAACCUGCCACAAAAGCUCUUGACAGAGCUAAACAGCCUAUAGUUCCAGACAUCACAUUGACUAGAUCUUUGUUUUGCAAGGUAAAAUUCACAGGUAUCUCACAUACAAGAGAUUGUGGCAUAGCAAACAGCCUCAAAAGUUUCUCAGAGCUCUUGUGUGUGGCUUUAAUUGCAAAAUUUAUGAAUUUCUAAUGCAAAAUUUUUUAUUUCUUUUUUUGUAGGAUUGCAAGAAAAGGUCAGUUUUGGAUACUAAUAUCUCCUAUUUAGAAUAUUUAUAGCAUUAAUAUAAUUAAUGAUUAAUAUAUCUUAUAAUUUCAUUUUGCCAUAUAGUCUACCUGCACAAGAUGAAAGGUAUAUUGCACUGUAGUGUACUUGUGAGAUAAUAUUGUAAAAACAUAGUCAUAGUCUAAAAUGUUGUAGAUACUGUGGCUUACAUUGUCCCCCAUUCUAUGCCUAGUUAGACUAGUUAAAUAUAAAUAUAAAUAUACUAAUAAUAUUUGUAGAGAUUUGAAAAUAAAGAAACUACAGAAGGAAAUUGAUGAUUUAAAGGCCACAUUAGCUGAGGAGAGAAUUUUGAACAGAUCACAGUUUCAACAAGUACUGUAUUUGUCAUGUUUUCAUGAUGAUAAUGGCACAGUCAGUGUACCAUAGUAUUUUCUCAUUGAUUUUUUUCCUUUAUAGUUUGUUGAAAAUACAAAAACUGAUGUUGAAGUUAUGAUACAGGAACAUAGAGAUCAUAUAAAGUAUGACACAGUCUGCAUUGUACUAAAAAAAUGCAAGCUUGCAAUAUCUCACAGUGCACAUGCAACGUCAAGUCUUUCUGUGCAAGUCUUGGGACUGACUCAAGUGAUGCAUGACUUGUAUUUUGCCCUCAUUGCAACCCCAGGGGGAAGACACAGUUGAUGCAAGCUACAAAGCUAUUUCAACAAUUCAAUUUUGCACUGUUUGAUUUUCACAAAUGCUUGAAUAUUUAGGACAAUUGAAGAAGAACAUGAGGUGGAGUUAGAAAAUUUAAAAGCAAUAUACGAGGCAAAGGUUUGUGUGUCGUGUUUUAUCCACAAAAUUGCAGUCGAGUUGCAGGGUGUACUGAAAAAAACUGGUCAACCGUAAAAUGGAUACCCCAAAGUCUACAGCAGUAUAACUAAUUUUCUGUAUCUGUAGAUUAAUGAAGAGAAGGAGGAAGCUAAUUUGAGAGCAAGUUAGUUACAGUACUCUUUGUUUUAUCAAACAAUACUCUUUAUUUUUAUGCUUUGUUAAACUUAUGUACAAUAGCUGCCAUGAAAUACAACUAGUUUAUGGUCUGCGGCACUUCAGCUAGAAAAAACCUUAAUCUAGUAUAUUAAAUUCUUUACAGUUGAAAUGCAGGAAGAGAUUGAUUCAAUCCAAGAAACUCUCCAAUCUUGCACGGUAUAAAAGUUAGGUCAUCAUUGAAAUAAAACUAAACUAUAAACUUCAUUUAUACUGGAUCAUUCUGUAUCAGUUCUAAACUGUUCUCCCUGGAAGUCUGAUAUGAUUGUUUUGCAACCUUACACAGUGGUUUGUUUUGGUUUGCAGGAAGAUGUGACUGCUAACUUGGAGAAACAGUGGUUGGAGAGAAAGGUAGCAUUGUUACAGAGUUCAGAUUUGACUACCAUUAACCAAUAAGAUGUGUUUACUCUACCCAAUUACCCAAUCAGAUUCGUCCUGAGCCAGUGUGAAGUAGUGGAAGUGAAAUCUGAACUUUGUCUAUUAUGUUGGGUACCUCAGUGGUUUAAUUUAUUCCCAUAUCACUGUUGUCUUCAUAGGAAAAACUUCACUCUGAGCAAGAACUUAAAACUGAAAAGCUACUUCAAGAACAAAGUAUGUCACUCUAUGAUGUGUUUUUCUACUUUAUUUGUUCCGUCUAAACUGCUCUCAUGCACUGGAGGUUCUCUUAUCUGCUCAAUGUUGUUAAAGAUGAAAACAGGAAUUAGACAAACACUCUUUUCCCAUGUGACCGAGAUGAAAUUUACUAAGCUUUUUCUCUAUUAGGAUUAAGAUUAAAAAGUGAACGGAUUGCAGCUUUGAAUGAAGUGACAGAGCGACAUGUGCGAGAACUUGGUGGCGUUAAGGAGACACAUCGUAAAAAAAUGAAUGUAAGUUAAUUUAUCAAUUGCUGUUCUCUCAGAAUGUACUGUAACUAGUGUUAUUUGUGCCAUUUACUGUUAUUUGUGUAGUUGGUUAAUACGUUUCCCUCGUGAAAUGUCGUUUAUUUACAUACAGUACUUACUACCUUAGGGCUGGUUAAUACACUAUCAAAGUUUCUGUGAUCACAGUAGGAAUUUUGCCUGGAUAAAUUCUAAGUUUUGAAGGAUUUGCAAGAAAUGUUUGAGGGAACCAGGUCAUCCAACUUAAUACUGAAUCAGUUCCUUCUACUAUUUCUUACAGCCGGUUUACCUAGUAUGCAACGUUCCUAGUACUGUGAGCACAGAAACUUUGAUAGUUACAGAUACAGAUAGAUACAGAUAUUUCACAGCACACUCCCUAUAUCAGGGCUUUUCAGUGACUGGUUACAUUAUGAAUAGAUAGAUAGAACCGGACUGACGUGAAGCAGACCGAGGUAGACUUUGAGCUUACAAAUGGCGCUUGAGCAGCUGCCGCUAUUAGUCCAUACCUCAUUAAUGAUCUGCCUCCAGACCUAUGUGCCUAACCCACCCUGUCAACUUUCCCUGUGGGAGGAAACACGGAGUGCCCGGAGAAAACCCACGACUUUCGGCAGAGCGUUGACUUUUACUCUUUUCACAUGAGGACUGGGUUCGAGUCACAUUGAGAAGUUCUCACUGAGAUUCGAACCUGCGACCUUAGAGGUGAAAGGCAAGUGCGCUAUCCACUUGGCCACCGAAGCCCCUGUACUGUACAGGGUAUGUCACUGGUUAAAUGUCAUGCUGAGUUCUUUCUGUCAUUCAGGCUGUCCGUGCAGAGUUUGCUGCUUUUGCAGCUGAUGCUGAGAAUUUGAAAAUCAUUGCUUUGGAAGCCGAGGUGUGUUUUGUUUUAUUUUCUGCUUCAUAUUUAGUUAUUAAUGAGUUUGACCAAUACUAUGAUGUAUUAUAGAAAUUGAAAGAGGAUAUGAGAGAAUUACAAGAUGUUCAUGCUAAAACGAAAGAAAAAUUGAGAAAAACCAAGAAUGAAUUAGCAGAUGCGGUAAUGGUUUAAUACUUUACAUACAUUGCGGUUGUCUUUAGUUUAUUUACUUAAUUUGCGGCUAUAGUUACAUGGCGGUUGUCGUUAAUGUUGUAUAAAGUCAUAUAUUUGUAUGAUCAAUUAUUCAAUCUUCUUUUUAGAAAGUACAACUUCAAGGUUAUGAACUUAGUUUUUCAGAAAAGGUACGUUCCCGUAUUGACCAUUACUCCAUUACAUUAGUUUUCAAAUGAAACUCGCUAGGUUCAUUUCUCUUAUGAUGUAUAUUUCUAUCCAGGUAGCAGAAGUUGAGGAGCGAUACUCGAUGAAGAUCCAAGGUCUUAUGCUGAACAAUACUGAUAUCAGACGAAACUACAUGAGAAAAUGUGCUGAACUUUUGGAUGUUCAAAAUAACAGCGAUUCCCCAAAGGUAUGUAGAGUAUACCGUAAAAUACUGUUGUCAUAUGUUCAUAAUACUGAUGAGAAACAGAGAAUUCUGGAGAACAUGUUAGAAAAGACAGAACAUCAAGAUAUAGAGACAAGAAGAUAGAAAGACAAUAGGAAGAGAAGCCACAGAGACAGAACAAGGCAAGGAAAUGCAAUUUUUAAGCUUUAUUUUUCGAAAAUAAAAUGCUUUCAAUGUAAAGAAACUGUACUUUUGUAUUUUGUUGCAGGAAAGAAAAUCGAGCAAUACCAAGAAUACGAUGAAGGUGAGUCCAUCAAAGGUGGUGCAUCACUCUAAACCUCACUAUUAUAUACAUAUGUACAUCAAAUAAAUGAAAAAUGGGAAAUAAAACUACAUCUCCCUGCAUCUUUUCAUUGUAUAGACGAUUAUACUCGCUCGCGCCAAAGCAGAUGUAAGUCUAGUAACAGAAAGAAAGAAACAGAAAAUGGACAGUGGAAGUCCUAAACGAGCACUGUCUCCGUUAAGAAGGCCACGAAGUGCUCCGGCAUUUAAACCGGAAGUUUUUGAAGAGGAUAAUUUUUUUUUAACAGUAUCAGAGCUGCGGACAUAUCGACCCAAUUCAAGUUUAGCGUGAAGGUUCAAUGUGAGAGGUUUAAAGGCACAGUUCAGCCUUAUUACAACCCUUUUAAUUGAAAAAAAAACUAACUAGGAAAACCAAUUAAGCAUAAUUCUAGAUCAAAUGUUUUUAACAUUAAAAAUGUUAAAAAAUGUUGAAAACAUUGAAAUCACUGAUCUUGAAUUUUUGUAUGGUAAUUUGGAGACAUAAACACUGUUUGAGUCAUACACUGCGUCACUGAAAAGCCGUCGGAUUUUAAGUCAAAUGUGUGUUUGUGUGUUAUAUUUAUUUAACAUAGAAAAGUCUAUGACCGAUCUCUAUUUUUAUUGUUAAUAGUAUUUAUUGGUAUAACUUAUUUAUUAAAAACUAAACUUUUUUAUACUGGAUUUUAUAUCCAAUGAUUUGAAAUCCAAUUUGUUUGAUGAGAUCCGUUAAUCGUGAGACAGUAUACGAUCCAGAGAAGAAUUUCAAUGCUGUCGCCAGGGAAAGAAGGCAAGAAAAGGAAAAUUAUUUACAUUUUUUGCAACAAGAUCAAAAUGUAAAUCUAAAGAAGUUUCAACACUUGUCGACGCGUCAAGAAAAAAUCUAUACACUGGUCUAAUGUAAGUACAUAUAGUAAAGAUGUUUGAUUGCCUAAGUGUUUAUAUUAUUAUCACUGAAUUAUUAUGAUUUAAAUAUCUGUGAUUUUUAUUUUUUAGAUAUUUUAUGUCAUUUGUUAACUACUGCAUGCUAAAGUCUUAGAAGACGCAUCAACGUAGAAGAUGCUUUAUUGAACAGAAAGUGAAAAUCUGCUUUUAAAAUUGCUUAACUUGCUUGAAGAUUUUUUGCUUCCCAUGGAUGACAAGCAGAAAUUAUUAAUUUAGAAACGACGUUUCAGUAGAAAAGGUACAGUACAGUAUAUUACUGAUAUUCCAAUUUUGCAUAUAGAUUAUAGUUUGUAGAUGUCGUCUUUCAUAUUUCGUUUCCCUGUUAGCUUCCCACAGGUAUUACCACAAUCACUCUUCAAGAGAUUCACUAUUGGUCAUCUUUCAGUCAUACAACUGCUGGGUCAACUUCAACCUUGAUGUGUGUGUACAAUGGAUAGAUGACAGUAUCGAGUAAGUUAUAUUUCAAUGUGUUCAAACCAUCGCUUUUCAUUCUUGGUACAACAUCAUUUAACAACUCGCGUGUUCUAGAAAAUUGAGAGUUGAAAUGUUUUAGCAUUUUGUCCAGGGAUGCCAAGAAGUCCCCCCAAGCAAACCAGGCAAUUACUCGAAGCCUGAUGAGAGGAAUGUAGGAAUAACCUCUUUGAUAUCGCUCAAAAUGGGCGGUUCAGCUUGGUUGGCGCACGUUUGAAGAAGACCUGAGCUGGCUGGAUGCAUCUCAACCCGUUUCAUAUUGUGCCAGAAAGAUUGGGAAGUGCAUACCAAACAAGGCGAGAAGACUUUCAAAGCACGUGUUUGGAAACACAAGUAGGAUCUGUAGGAUUUGUAAAAAAUGUUUGAGGGAAUCGACUACGUGUUAAACAAUCACUUCCCUCAAACAUUUCUUACAAUUCCUUCAUAACUUAGAAUUUACUGAUAAAAAAUUCCCACUGUGAUGACAGAAACUUUGAUAGUGAUAAAUGAGGUGCAAGCACAGGUACUGACCUUUUUUCAUUUUUUUUACCUUCGGCAUAAUGAUGUUCUUUGAGCAUCUUGUAGCGACCAGUUUCCAUGCUCGGUCGAGUAACUCUUAGACCAUUAGCGAUACACCUGAAAAUAUGAUCUGACAUUAAAUAAUAUCCUCAGGAAAAUACAUAGCCAUAGGCUAUGUAUGAGUAUGACGAAAAAAAUUUUUCGAUCAGCAAGUCAAACUUUGGACAGCUAAGCGUAGUAGAAACGAUAAUAAAACACGGCUAAGGAUUCAUUUGCAUACGUAUACUGCAUGAAAGUUUAUGUGUCAAAAUGUGCUUUAAAAUUCUCCUGAGCCAAACCUAUCUCCGUUAAUAUACGUUUUGAACAUUUCUAAGUCGAUCUAUG